AUGUCACGACUUCCCGCUGAUUGCCUUAAUGACAUUUUUGAAUACUUGGAGGACGACAAGAGUACGUUGGUUGCGUGCCUUCCCAAUGAAUCAAAGAUCUUUUUACACACGAAUAAGAUUUUCAUUGCAACUCCAACUUCAAAUCCCCCAUUGUUUAAUUAUGUAUCAUUUUGCAAAGUCAUUUCAAUUCAUGGGAUUAAUCAAAUGGUCAAACUUGUUUCGAAAUAUAAUAAUUAUUUGAUCUCGCAAGAAAUCUUGAAGAUGUUUAUGAACAAAAUUACUUGUUUGCAAGAGUUGAAAUAUUAUUCAGAUCAUGAUAGCAUCUCACGUAAUAUAAAAUUUACAAAAUUUCCUGGAGCGACGCUAUGUUUAAAAAAUCUUUCAAAGUUAAAUUGUAGUUCGGACCUUCAUUCCGAAUUUUUUAGUCAGUUAUCACAAUUAUGUUGUAAUCUACAAUCCCUCACCAUAGAAUUUGAAGAGUCCGUUACAAAAGAGUUAAAAGAUUUAAUCUCAUCGCAACGCAACUUGGAAUAUUUAACAUUAAUCCAAUCCGAAGAUCUGACAGAUAUUACCGACAUCAUACCUUCGUUGAUCAAACAUUCGAACACCUUGACCAAAUUAAAAAUCAUUGGUGGAACUUCCAUCUUCAUCUCUGCCUUCUCAAAUAUACAAGAACUCAUCUUAUCACAUCUAUAUAGUCAGUAUCUCGGUAAUCCCUUUGAAGAUUUCAAGGAAUUACAAUUCGUUAAAUUUCCGCAGUUACAAAUUUUAAAAUUACAACUUAUCUAUAGAUUACCAAAUUAUGAAAACUUGAUCAACUUUUUGGAGAACAAUGGAAAGAAUUUAAAGGUUCUUUACAUUGAUGAUUCGGAUUAUUCAUUAAACUUAUCAAUAGCAAAAUUUUGUCCAAAACUUGAAUCGCUGUUUAAUAUCAUUCUGGUUAAUGAAAUAGGAUCAUUAAAAUUGAUUCUGAUGAGUUGCAAGCUACUAAAAAGUAUUAAAGUUUGGUGCGGUGAAGAUGAUUAUUUGAAUGAGAGAGAAUUAUUAGAUACGGUAGUAAAAUGUUCACCUAAUAACUUUUAUGAGUUAAAAAUUUAUUACAUAAAUAAUGUACGAACGGAAUUACAUCCAGAAGAAUUGGAAGAAUUUUUAAUAGGUUGGACGAAUCGUAUCCCGCAAAAGUCACUUUCUCUGAUCCUUAUUACAGGAUAUUGUACAAACAGUUUAAAUACAAAGAAAGAAAAUAUGGAAGUGAUUGAAAAAUACAAAAAGUCGGGUGUGAUUAAAAGUUUCGAAGUCGUAAAUUUUGAUGAUGAAUCAGACUUUUGCCUGCCUUAA